UGUCAUAGUGACAUAUCAUUGAAUAUGCUUUUUGUUAUGGUCGUUAUUGAUCCGUAAUUAAUUUCGAUUUGAGUACAAAUAAUCUGCACUUGUUUCUAUUUGGAGGAAGUGCAGACCAAUGCGAAGCUAAUACUACAUACAUCCAGGCACAUUGAUUAAUUAUGGUAACUUAUAACAAAAGAUAAAAGAAAUUCAUCAUGAACCGAUAGUUAUUUACGUUUUCAUUUACGUAACAUUCGUAUUAUUGUUUUUAACAUAAUGUACAUAAUUAGUGGCCGAUUAUUAACAGUACCAAAGUAUGGGUCAUGUCUGUAGCACAUUUUUCAAUAUUUUCGAGGCCAACCGCGUCUGAAGUUCUUACCGCGUAUUUGGCGCAAUGUAAUGAACCUCCAUGGACAUCAUAUUUUGUUAAGUACAGUAGUGUAAAGGAUGAUCAAUUUGGUAUGUCGAACUUCAACUGGAAGGUGGGCAAGUCGAACUAUCAAAUUUUAAGGACUGGUUGCUUCCCCUAUAUCAAAUACCACUGCUCAAAGAAAAAAGCUGAAGAUCUAAAUUAUUCCGAUAAAUUCAUGAGAGUUAUUAAAGUUGCUAAUUUAGGUAUACCAUGUCUGAUGUAUGGUCUAGCUGCCACUAUGCUUAUAAGACAUACAGAAAUUGUUCACACAUCCAAAGGGCCAGUUACAAUAUAUUUCUUAUUACCUGAACAUAAGGGUUCAAUAUAUUGAAAACUGUACAUAAUUAGAUGGAUAAAACAUACACAAAUACGUCACUAGACUCUUGAGUGCAAUAUCCUUUCACUUCAGAAACAUUGUGGUUAAAAUGAACACUCUCUGUUAACUAGUCAUUAUAUCUUUUAAUGUAUUUAUUGUAAGGUAAGGGUAACUCAAUAAAUUAAAUGAAACAACA